GAAGAAAUGACUUAUAUUAAACAAAUACCAGUAGUAUUCAUUUAGAAGAUUCACUGCGGUACUUAUUUUAUACUAAAGAAUAAUUUAACGAAAUUACUCCUGAAAGAUAGAGGCAUAGAAGGAACUCCAUUAAUUAGAUAUAAGUGGUAUGUUGGAAUGUGCAUUGGAAAGUUACCGUCCAACUUUUGAAAGAGCAAAUCAAUUACAUCUUUAUAAUCAGUUAGAGAAAUUAAAAAUCAUAUCUCGUGAGAAAUUUCAAGCACUUUGGGGUGAAGUUGAGAGUUUGCACUUAGAAGAAAUAUGGAGCAAAUUCAAGGAUGCGAUUGAACAGAGUCAAAAGCGAAGCAAACUGAAUCCAUCUGAUGUCUCUCCUGUUCCUAUUAUCUCAAAGAUUGAUGAUUCAUGGUACGGUUUGGGUUUAGAAGAAAUCUCAAAGGGCCGCGUUGCUGCUUUAGUGCUUGCUGGCGGUCAAGGCACCAGGCUGGGUUCAGAAGAUCCAAAAGGAUGCUUUGACAUUGGGUUACCUGGACAUGAAAGCUUAUUUGCGCUACAAGCUUUGAAAAUUCAAAGAGCUGAGCAUCUUGCUCGAGAAGCAUAUCCUAUGCGGAAACAGUCGACUAGAGUUUUAUGGUAUAUUAUGGUGUCCGAUGCAAAUAAAGACGCAACCUUCUCCUUUUUUAAGAAAAGCAACUACUUUGGAAUACCAAGUGAACACGUGUUCUUCUUCGAACAGGGAAAAUUGCCUUGUUUAGACAUGGAAGGGCGGAUCCUCCUGGAGUCCGAAUGUACUCUUGCCCAGGCACCCAAUGGAAAUGGUGGAGUUUAUGAGGCUCUACGAGAAUCAGGCGCGCUACGACAUAUGAAAGAAUCUGGAAUUUCCCAUAUAACUGCUUACAGCGUAGACAAUGUUCUUGCUUUGCCAGUAGAUCCUUUUUUUAUCGGUAUGGUACAAGAAAAAGAGUACCAAGUGGCUAUGAAAGUUGUAGAAAAGAAGUUAGUAGAAGAAAAAGUUGGCUUAGUUGUGUCUCAAAACGCACAUCCAUCGGUUGUUGAAUAUUCUGAAAUUUCUGAAGAGGCUUCCCAAGCAACAGAAACAGUGGACGGAAAAACUUGUUUACGACUUCGUGCUGCAAAUAUUGCCUAUCACUAUUUUUCUUUGGGAUUUUUAGAACAUAUGUCUCAUAAUACUAGAAGUCUUCCUGUUCACCUUGCUUUAAAAAAGAUACCAAACUUUGACAUUACCCAUAACCAGUUUUACAAGCCAUCUUCUCCAAAUGGAUACAAACUUGAAAUGUUUAUUUUUGACUCUUUUGAACAAAUCUCCAUUGAGAAAUUCGGCUGUCUACAAGUUUCACGGGAAACAUCAUUUAGUCCUUUGAAAAACUCACUGAAUGCAACCAACGAUAAUCAAAAUACAUGCUUGCAGGACAUCUACGCUCUUGGCAAAAAAUGGAUUUUACAGAAUGGCGGAAUUUUAGAACAGGGCGAUUGCCCUUUUGUUGCUCCAUCCUUCAGCCUCCUAGGUGAGUCUCUAGAAUGGAUCCAAGGAAAGCACAUACGUGAGCAUCCUUUAUAUUAAUAUAUUAAUUCCCCUACUUCUUUUCAAGACCUUGUUCUAUUCAUUCUUUUAUUGAAAACCAACCCUUUUACCGAGAAAUAGUGAGUCGGG